AUGGCGGAAGCAGAGAACGGUCAGGCCAUCAGCGCAGAUGAGAUUGCGCUCUAUGACCGACAGAUCCGGUUAUGGGGAGUGCAAGCGCAGGAGAAAAUUCGAUCUGCGAACAUCCUCCUUAUCACCGUCAAGGCCCUCGCCAACGAAGUUGCCAAGAACCUGGUCCUAGCGGGCAUCGGCUCGCUCACUAUCAUCGACCAUGAACCCGUUACAGAGACCGAUUUGGAUGCACAUUUCUUCCUAGAAGAAGCGCAUAGAAAUGAGGAUAUUAUCAAGCAGGGAAAGAACCGCGCCGAAGUUGCCGGUCCUCAAAUUCACCGAAUGAACCCUCGUGUCAAACUCCACAUAGAUACCUCCGACGUGCGCAGCAAGGAUCCCGCAUUCUUUGCCCAAUUCGACGUCACAAUCGCAACCGAGCUAGACUUCGCUACGAAUACCACCAUCAACGCGGCAUGCCGUAUCGCCAACAGACCCUUUUACGCAGCCGGCCUGCACGGGUUCUACGGCUAUGUCUUUGCCGAUCUGAUCUCACACGACUUUGUGAUCGAGCGGGAGAAGUCGAACGGGCCCACGCAGCACCAGGAGACGCUCACGAGGAGCAUCGUGAGUGUGACGACCAAGAAAGAGAGUGAGAAGGGUGAGAAGGGGAACAAGGGAAAGGUAAUCGAGCUGGUUACCAAGCGCGAGAUUUAUUCUCCCCUGCAGUUGGCCAACACCUCCCCAUUGCCGGAGGAAUAUACCAGACUUCCCCGGCGCCGGAAACAAGUCACGCCUCUGCUGAGCUGCCUUCGUGCGCUUUGGGAAUUCGAGAAGAUUUCCAACGGCAGACGGCCCAGCUUCGCGCAUCAGGAUUUGGAGGUGUUCACAAAGCUUGCGCGGGAGAGCCACCAAGAGUUAAAGCUGGAUUUGGCCACGCUGGAUUCCUCGUUCCUGCGCCAGUUCCUGCAGAACCUCGGCUGUGAACUUAGCCCAGUAGCAGCCUUCCUCGGUGGUGCCUUGGCUCAAGACGUGAUCAACGUGUUAUCUGCCCGUGAGCAUCCACUACAGAACAUGCUGCUGUUCGAUGGCGAGAAGUCCAUCGGCCCUAUCUACCCAUUGCACCCAUUCUUCCCGCCAGAGCUGGACGUCGGUUCUCUAGCUGCAGUCCCACCGGUAGCUAACCCGAUUGUAUUGGACCCCACCACGACGACCAAUCUUGCGAGUCAUCCAGCUCCCAACUCUGCUGUCAAUCUUACGAUCAACCACACAGCCAAUCCUUGA